GAACGACAACCAGUGGGGGUGGGUCAUCACCCUGAGCAACAGCAAGACGUCUACGAGAAAUGGAGAAAGCUAGACGGAGAGCACAUGAAGAGAAUGACAAGAGAUUUGAGAAGAUGGAAGAGAAGAUGAGAUUGCUGACGAGAGAGAGGGACGAGGCUCUGGUGGUGGUGGAGAAUUGGAAAGCGGAAGCGCUUCGACCCGGCCUGAAGAGAGGCGGGAUAUUGAUAGGAGCCACACCAUCAACGCAGGCGAGGGUGAGACCACGUUGUGUUUCUCCUCGUUCUAUUCGGAGAACUCAUGCGGCAGAAAUGGCGGCUUGCCAUGCAAGAGAGGUUGCAACGCUGAAAGAGUUACGAGCAGAGACAUUGGACAGUAAGAAAGAAAAAGAAAGCGAAAUCGAGAAACUGAAAGAGAAGUUAGCGGCGUUGGAAAUGGAGCGCCAGCAGAAGGUGUUGGGAACGAACCUGAGAGCGAAGAUGGAUGAGGCAGCGAAAGCACCGGGAAGCAGAUCAGCUAAAGGGAAAGAAAGAAUGGAGCAGGCGGAAUAUUCAAACAAGGCGAAUGAUAAAGAAGUAUUCAUAUUGGAGAACAGGCGUGUUUUGAAACCUUUGAAGAAAGAUGCUAUCUCGACUAUCUGUUUGAAGGAAGGGAUUGCUUAUUCAACGCUCGAUCGUACUAAGGAAGACAUUGUGAACAAACGGGUGUUGCUCGCGUUCGGAGGUGAUCCACUUGGGAAAGCAGUUGAGAUCGAAGAAGUGUCGGAAGAUACAUUGGAGGAGAGUAUCGAUCUCGCGAAGAUUGACGGACAGGAAACGUCAUCUUAGAGUCCAUCCCGGACGUGGCGUAUUUAUGGAAUUUGGCGAAAAAAACUACUAACCUGAGACGUUCUGAUCCAACACUUCUACGUUGCAGAUUGCUCAAUCGGCUUUUAUGCUUGGUGUUGUUGUGUCUGAUAUUGUCUAAUGAGAUCCCUUGGGCUAGUAAGUUAGAAGACCACGUGUCGAAUUUGGUUUCAGAUGGUUUUGAUUUUGAUCGUUGUGAGGGUCCGUUGGUGUAUGCCUUGGUGUCACCUUUGAAUAGGCACGUGUAUAUAGGGAGUUCGACGAGAGAUCUUUUUGUUAGAUGGAAUGAACAUGUAUUUAGGGC